AUGGGGUUGCUUGGCGGCAUCUCAUCUGGAGGGAGCAUAGCUCUAGGAAUUCUGGUCGGAUUGCUAUCGACAAGUGUUCAGAGCCUCGGCCUGACCUUGCAGCGCAAGUCGCAUAUACUCGAAGACGAAAAGGGACCUCUCGAUGUCCGGCGACCGCCUUACAGGAGGAGGAGGUGGCAGAUCGGCAUGGGCAUGUUCAUCGUGGCGAACCUCCUCGGAAGCACCGUUCAGAUCUCGACUCUACCACUCCCCGUUCUCUCGACACUUCAGGCCGCGGGCCUCGUCUUCAACUCGAUAUGUGCGUCAUUGAUACUCAGCGAGCCCUUUACGCGAUGGUCCCUGUCCGGGACGGUCCUCGUCACGACAGGCGCCGUGCUGAUUGCCAUUUUCGGAGCCAUCCCUUCUCCAGCGCAUGACCUAAAGGAGCUGUUGGAGCUCAUGGCGCGCAAACCUUAUGUGGUGUGGAUGAUUCUUCAGGCCCUGUUUGUCGUUACCCUCGCGUUGGCCAUCGACGUGGUCAACAGCGUCUCGAACCUCUCCCACGACGCCCGGUUUCGACUAGCUCGUGGCAUCACAUACGGCGUCAUAAGUGGAGAUCUCUCUGCCCAUGCUCUGUUAUUCGCCAAAUCCUCUGUCGAGCUAGUCAUCAAGACGAUCGCUGGGCGCAACCAGUUUGUCCACUGGCAAUCAUGGGCGAUUGUUAUGGCGCUCGUCACGUUGGCCCUGUGCCAACUUUAUUACCUCCACCGAGGCCUUAAGCUGGUCUCAACCUCGGUUCUCUAUCCCUUGGUUUUCUGCGUUUACAACAUCGUUGCCAUUCUAGACGGUUUGAUAUACUUUAACCAAACGAGCUUAAUAUCACCUCUAAGAGCCUGUCUCAUCGCCUUGGGGACGGUCAUCCUCCUCUCAGGCGUGCUCGCGCUGUCUUGGCGCCUGAGCGAUGAGCAACAUACACCUGGAGUCGGCCAGUCAUCUCUGGCGCCUGGCCUGGGACUUGUGGAGGACACCGAAGGGGAGGAAGAGUCUCUCCUCGGCUCGGAUAAUGCGAUUGCUGAAGACGAUACGAUACCACAUACAUAUCAGACAUUCCCGCCUGCGAUUUGCGAGACCCCCUUAGUUCCUUCUCGCAAGAGAAGCUCACGGUGGGCUGAGCGCGCUGAGAUAUGGGAUGAGCUGGAAGAUCGCGAUGAACCUAGCACUCCUGGGAACAGGCGAAGGUCCAGCACACUCCCACGACAUACCGAGUCCUCGCCGUUGCUGCCGACGAGGAGGUCUAUAGGUGGUGCUCCCGCCGCUGAAGAGUCCGGCCCCAGCACCGAGUCAACUCCCCGAAGACCAACUCGACGGCGACGAAAGAGCACAGGUUUCCCCGGCCUCGUCGCCCGGAGACACCAACGAAGUAGAAGCUCCACAGUGUCGGGCCCGCUUGGCAACCUCCUCUCAAUGAGUUGGCUCAGGGGUAGAAGCAGGCAGCCGUCACAGGCCAGCACCAGCGAUGGCUACCCCUGGGGCACAUCUCCACGAGAAGGCGGCGGCGGUGAGAACGGUAGAGGCGACUCAGCUGUAUGA